UAUCUUCCUUCACAUACAACAAAAUCCUCCUCUCUCACACCCAGCUACUCUCAACAAGUCGAAUUCAUUUCUUGUGCUAUAUAAAGAGCCUAAAGAACUACCCUCCUUCUUUGCUGAUCAUUUCACUAAGCAAGUUACUAUGGGUCGAUCACCAUGCUGUGACAAGGUGGGCUUGAAGAAAGGGCCAUGGACACCCGAGGAAGAUCAAAAACUCCUAGCUUAUAUUGAAGAACACGGUCAUGGAAGCUGGCGUGCCUUGCCCGCUAAAGCAGGUCUUCAAAGAUGUGGAAAGAGCUGCAGGCUUAGAUGGACUAACUAUCUCAGGCCAGAUAUUAAGAGAGGAAAGUUCAGCUUGCAAGAAGAACAAACUAUCAUUCAACUCCAUGCCCUCUUGGGGAACAGGUGGUCGGCUAUAGCCACUCACUUGCCUAAGAGGACAGAUAAUGAGAUCAAGAAUUACUGGAAUACACAUCUUAAGAAAAGGUUAGCCAAAAUGGGGAUUGAUCCGGUAACUCACAAGUCGAAAAAUGAUGCUUUACUUUCCAUUGACGGUCAAUCCAAGAAUGCAGCAAAUCUUAGCCACAUGGCUCAAUGGGAAAGUGCCCGGCUCGAAGCUGAAGCUAGAUUGGUCAGGGAAUCCAAACUACGUUCACAUUCAAUUCAACACCAACUUAGCAGUACUACUCCAGGUUACUUUCCCGGUUCAGGUUCAAGUCCAGGCUCAACUUCAUCAACUUUGGCUCAACCGCCGCGGUCUCUUGAUGUGCUAAAAGCUUGGAGUGAUGGUUGGUCAAAAUCAAGUGAAGGUAACGGUGGUGGUCUAAACAUGGGAAUUGGAGAUGUCCUUGAGUCUCCAACAUCUACUCUAACUUUCUCAGAAAAUGCACCACCGGUCAUGAAUUCAGGUGCAGUUGGAGAGAAUUCAAUUUCAAUGAUUGAGUUUGUUGGGACUUCAGGGUCAACAGAGACUGGAAUUAUCAAAGAAGAAGGUGAACAUGAUUGGAAAAGCCUUUCAAAUUCAAGCCAUUUGCCCGAUAAUUCAGUAUCCCUUACAUCAACCCUUCAUGACAUGACAAUUUCUAUGGAAGCACCAUGGAAUCCAGAUUCUUUAAGGGCAAAUUGUGACAAUGUUCAUGUUGGAAAAAAUGUCAUGGAAGAAGGGUUCACUCAUCUUUUGCUUAGUGAUUCUGCUGAGAGGAGUUUGUCAGACGAUGGCAAGGACUCUGACCAUAGUGGUGGCAGUGGCAGUGGCAGUGGCAGUGGUAGCAAUUAUUACGAAGACAAUAAGAAUUACUGGAACAGCAUUCUCAAUUUGGUGAAUUCUUCCCCAUCUAAUUCACCCAUGUUCUAAUGCAAUAAGAUUCUCUAAAUUAUUGUAAUUAGAAAGUGAUUCAAGAGCUUUAUAUUAUUUAAGUAUUCUCCCCCCAUUUCUCAACCUAGCUAAUGUCAAGUUCCCUUGAUUUUUUUCCAA